AUGCAGGUCUACUGCGUCAGGCCGAUGACUUCGAUGCUUGAGUUGCGAGCUUCGAGAUCGAAAGCCUCUUUCUGGAGCCUGCUGCGAAAGCGGAGCCGGCGGCGGCAAAGUCCUCGGGAAGCGCCCGGAAGGUCGGCUUUCCCCUUGGUGAUCUUGAGGCAUGUGAGAAUCCGGACGCCCUUGGACUUCCUCGACGAUGCCGCGCGCCUCGACCCGUACCAAGUGCUGAACAUCCCCUUCCUCUCCGG